GUGAGGAAAUAAAUUAUAAACGGGUGCAAGCAGCUCUUUACCGGGUGCUUAGAGAUUUCCUGGCUAUUUAAGACCUUUUUACGUAAACCGUAACCAACAUAAACUGUGUAAGCUUGGCAGCAUUGUUUUGUAUCUGAUAGCAAAAUGAUGGACGAUAAUGCUGAGAUUGAUUGGGGAAACGAAAGGUUGAGUCGCGCCCAGCGUGCCGUGGAAGCGAACAUAUACGAUGUGGACUCGUGGUCUUUGCUCAUCCGUGAGGCGCAAACCAGACCUAUAAAUGAUGUGAGGACUAUGUAUGAGAAGCUGAUUACUGCCUUUCCAACUACAGGCCGAUACUGGAAGAUCUACAUUGAACAGGAAAUGAAGGCAAGGAAUUUUGAAAAAGUAGAAAAGCUGUUUCAGCGAUGCUUGAUGAAGAUUUUGAAUAUAGAACUGUGGAGGCUGUAUCUCAACUAUGUGAAAGAGACCAAAUGCAUGUUACCGACUUACAAGGAGAAAAUGGCCCAGGCGUACGACUUCGCGCUGGACAAGAUUGGGUUAGAUAUCCACGCAUACCCAAUCUGGAACGACUAUGUCACUUUUCUCAAGGCAGUGGAUGCCGUCGGCUCCUACGCCGAGAACCAGAAGAUUUCCGCUGUUAGGAAGGUAUAUCAACGAGCGGUGAUCACGCCCAUCAUCGGCAUUGAGACGCUGUGGAAGGACUACAUAGCUUUCGAACAGGGGAUCAACAAUAUUAUUGCGGAGCGCAUGGCUAUGGAGCGGUCGCGCGAGUACAUGAAUGCGCGGCGCGUGGCCAAGGAGUUGGAGACGGUGACGCGCGGCCUCAACCGCAACAUGCCCGCCACCCCGCCCACCGCAGACCGCGAGGAGAUGAAGCAGGUGGAGCUAUGGAAGAAGUACAUAACGUGGGAGCGGUCCAACCCGCUCCGGUCUGAAGACACGGCGCUGGUGGCUCGUCGAGUGAUGUUCGCGAUCGAGCAGUGCCUGCUGUGUCUAGCUCACCACGCCGACGUGUGGCACCAGGCCGCACAGUUCUUGGAGUAUUCCGCCGCGCUGCUGACUGAGAAGGGUGACGCGGCAGGCGCGCGGCUGUGCUCGGACGAAGCGGGCGCGGUGUACGAGCGCGCGACGGCCGGCCCGCUGCGCCGCUCCACGCUGCUGCACUUCGCGCACGCCGAUUACGAGGAGUCCCGACUACAUUAUGCCAAGGUGCAUCAAAUCUACACCCGGUACCUAGACAUGGAGGAGAUCGAGCCGACGCUGGCGUAUGUCCAGUACAUGAAGUUCGCCCGACGCGCAGAGGGUAUCAAGUCCGCGCGCACCGUAUUCAAACGCGCCAGGGAGGAUCCCAGAUCCCGGUACCACGUGUUCGUGGCGGCGGCACUCAUGGAGUACUACUGCUCGAAGGACAAGAACAUUGCGUUCCGCAUCUUCGAGCUUGGCCUCAAGAAGUUCUCUCACGUUCCCGAAUAUGUGCUGUGCUAUAUCGACUACCUCUCGCAUCUUAACGAGGACAACAACACGCGCGUGCUGUUCGAGCGCGUGCUCUCGUCCGGCAGCCUCAAGCCCGAGAGCUCAGUGGACAUAUGGAACAGGUUCCUGGAGUUCGAGUCCAACAUCGGGGAUCUCGUCAGUAUCGUCAAGGUGGAAAAGCGACGACAGGCGGUCUUGGAGAAGAUCAAAGAGUUCGAGGGCAAGGAGACGGCGCAGCUGGUGGACCGGUACAAGUUCCUGGACCUGUACCCGUGCAGCAUCGCCGAGCUCAUGUCCAUCGGGUACACAGAGGUGGCGUCAAUGUCGAACAAAUCGUGGGCUCUUGGCGGACCGCUCGCCGGCAUCUCCCCCGAGCUAGCAGCCGUUAUAUUAGGACAAAAAGACUAUGAUCCAAAUAAGGACAUCGCUCGGCCGGACACGAAUCAGAUGAUACCGUACAAGCCGAAAGCGAACCCGCUGCCUGGCGAACAUCCCAUACCCGGUGGCACGUUCCCUCUGCCCGCUGCGGCGGCGGCGCUGUGCACGCAGCUGCCCCCACCGUCGUGCUUCCGCGGGCCGUUCGUAGCCGUCGACCGCCUCAUGCAGCUGUUCAACCGCAUCUCGUUGCCGGACAAACCGCCGGCGCCGACUCCUGAGAAUGGAUGCGAUACGAAGCUGUUCGACCUGGCGCGCUCCGUGCACUGGAUCGUCGACGACGACGGCCUCACCACCGUCUCCAAUAAGGUGAGGAGAAGAAAGCUUGGGGAUGACUCGGACGACGACGACUUGGGCUUCGCGCCGCCCGUCAACGACAUCUAUAGACAGCGACAGCAGAAGAGAGUCAAAUAAUCCGAUCUCCAAU